UUCUUAUUCAACCAGAGAUUUCAAACACUCAAAAAAACAAAGAGGCAGCUUCUCAUAUCUCUCUUCUCUUCUCUUCCCUUGCUUAGCACCUUCAAGUUGAGACUUGAGAGAGGGUGAAGUUUUAAUUACGAAAUUAAGUAAUUAAGAGAGCAACACUGUUGUUUUUAUAUAUAAUUAAUGGAAGGUUUAAGAAGGCAACAAUCCAUGGAGUAUUACAAAGGAGAUAAUACUAUGACGAGUGACGUCGUAGUCGAAGACAACACUGUUGAUUGGAGAGGCAGACCUUCCAGGCCUAAGCACGGUGGUAUGAGGGCUGCAGCUUUUGUUCUUGGGCUUCAGUCGUUUGAGAUAAUGGGAAUAGCAGCAGUGGGGAACAACCUCAUAACGUAUGUGAUAAACGAAAUGCACUUCCCACUGUCAAACUCAGCCAACAUAGUGACAAACUUUGUUGGAACUGUCUUUCUCUUGGCUCUUCUUGGUGGAUAUAUCUCUGAUUCUUAUCUAGGGAGUUUCUGGACCAUGCUCAUCUUUGGCUUCGUUGAACUUUCCGGCUUCAUAUUACUGUCAGUCCAAGCUCAUCUUCCUCAGCUGAAGCCACCAAAGUGCAACAUAACGAAUGGAGAGGUGUGUGAAGAAGCCAAGGGUUUUAAAGCGUUUAUAUUUUUCAUAGCGCUAUAUCUGGUGGCCUUGGGGAGUGGGUGUGUGAAGCCUAAUAUGAUAGCUCAUGGAGCCGACCAGUUCAGCCCAGAUAACCCAAAGCAAACCAAUAAGCUCUCCACCUACUUUAACGCUGCCUACUUCGCUUUCUCAAUGGGAGAGCUCAUUGCUCUCACAGUCCUUGUUUGGGUCCAAACUCACUCCGGCAUGGAUGUUGGUUUCGGUGUCUCCGCCGCUGCCAUGGCCAUGGGCCUCAUCAGCCUUGUCUCUGGUACUUUGUAUUACCGGAACAAACCUCCUCAAGGAAGCAUUCUCACUCCCAUUGCUCAGGUCUUUGUGGCUGCAAUGGUAAAGAGAAAGCAGGCUUAUCCAUCAAACCCACAAAUGCUUCAUGGAAGCCAUAACGUUAACUACGGCAACAAUCUUGGUUUUUCUUCUGAUACUGACACUUUUAUUCACACCCAAAAAUUCAGGUUCUUGGACAAAGCUUGCAUCAAAAGCCAAGAUGGGAUGAUGAGUAACACGAAAGAGUCUCCAUGGAGAUUAUGCAGUGUUAGUCAAGUGAAUCAAGUGAAGAUAUUGCUGUCUGUGAUUCCAAUCUUCGCUUGCACAAUCAUUUUCAACACCAUUUUAGCUCAACUUCAAACUUUCUCAGUCCAACAAGGCAGCAUGAUGGACACCCGUCUGACCAAAUCCUUCCAUAUCCCCCCAGCCUCCCUCCAAUCCAUCCCUUACAUCAUGCUCAUCUUUGUAGUGCCUCUCUACGACACUUUCUUCGUCCCAUUCAUCCGCCGAUUCACCGGCCACCCGUCCGGGAUCUCGCCCUUGCAACGCAUAGGGUUCGGCCUCUGCUUCGCCACCUUGUCCAUGGUUUCGGCUGCCCUCAUGGAGAAGAAGAGAAGGGACUCGGCCACAAACUCAAAUGAAACAAUCUCUAUCUUUUGGAUCACUCCACAGUUCUUGAUAUUCGGAAUAUCUGAGAUGUUUACCGCUGUAGGUCUCAUUGAGUUCUUCUACAAACAAUCCAUGAAAGGGAUGCAAGCUUUCUUCACCGCCAUAACCUAUUGCUCUUACUCAUUUGGAUUCUAUUUGAGUUCCCUUUUGGUCUCUCUUGUGAAUAAGAUCACUUCAAGGUCCUCCGAUGAUGGGGGUUGGCUGGGUGAUAAUAAUCUCAACAAGGACAGGCUCGACCUCUUCUAUUGGCUACUUGCAGUCUUAAGUUUCCUUAACUUCCUCAACUAUCUCUUUUGGUCUAGAUGGUUCUCUCGUGACGAUUAUUCAUCUUCAUCAACCACUGGCCACCAGUAUGAGAUUCAUCACGCGGAACGGCAGGAUCAUCAGAAUAACAAACUUCAUUGCUUCAACCCUUCAAAACAAAUUGAUGCUCAAUUAAGCGAAGAGAAUAUUCCAUAACUACUACUUAAUUAUUAAUAAUUAUAUGCAUAUAUCAAUUAAUGGAAUGCUGGAUUUUUCAUAUCUAGCAUGGGUCUAGCCUGAAAUAUAUUAUUAAUAUUAUAUAUAAAAGUUGUUGAUGAAAAAAAAAUCAUAUACAAAAAAUGGGAAAGUGGUUAGUUUCCAUAAAAUGUAUAGAAAUAAUAAUAUAUGCUAUAGCUAGCUGUAUGUGUCACAAGCACCAUAAUAUUAUUGAUAUAUAAGAACGUACUACAUGGAUCUACUCUUUUGCAUCAA